CUAAACCAUUCACACGCUUCGUUGCUCUCGUCUCAUCUCUCUCUCUCCUUGGCGGCCUGAUAUCCUGAAACGCGAGAGCAGCUGAAGAAGAUCCGAUUCCAUCAAUGGCGGAGACGCAAGCCGACAAAAUCCAAACCCUAGCUGAGCAAUACGCAUUGGAGAAAGAUGUGGGUGCCAAGCCUGUCGAAGUAAAAGAAGUUGUUUCUGAGAAACCUGAGGAAGCACCUGCUGCUUCUGCUGCUGCAGCAGAAGAAAGCUCUGAAGUUACACCAGCUGUUGAAGUAAGCAGUGAAGCUAGUCCUACUGCUGCUACUGAAGAAGGCACUGAAACCAAUCCUACCUCUGAAGCUGCUGCUGAAGAAAGCAGUGAUAGUACUGAAAACUCAGGUGACCAAGAAAUAGUUGAAGAGACACCUGAAAUUAAGAUUGAGACGGCACCAGCAGAUUUCCGUUUCCCAACUACUAACCAGACAAGGCAUUGCUUUACCCGAUAUAUAGAGUAUCAUCGGUGCAUAGCUGCAAAGGGGGAAGAUGCUCCGGAGUGUGACAAAUUUGCAAAGUUUUACCGCUCUCUUUGCCCUGGUGAAUGGGUUGAGAGAUGGAACGAGCAAAGGGAGAACGGAACUUUUCCAGGUCCCCUGUAGACGGUGUUUGCUUAAAAACCAAGCGCUGGUCUGCGCGAUGCUGUUAUAUCCAAGUUUUCCUCCAAUAGAUGAGUUUCUACAUUGAGAGUUAAACUCUCUCAGGGAAUGCCCUAUUUGAAAACAAUGAAUUAAUAAGAAAUUUUUGCUUGUUUCAGAAUACAGCAAAAUUGUAGCCCUUGAAAUGAUCUUAUUGUUCAUCACUAAAAGAUGGUUUUUCAUUUUUCAUGACUUUCUGCAUUAGCUGUUGUAAAAUAGUUGCCGAAACCCGGAUGGAAGCUAGGCGACAUUUGUUAAGAGCCUUUUGCACCUGCCACACAAUAAAGGUGCACUGGUGAUAUUGUUUUU